CAUGGAGACCGAAGCUGAUGAAGAUAAGAGGGGAGGUAACUACCAAGAAGCUAUAGUGAAAUACUCUCAGCUGCUUCAGUCGACUUCAAAAUCAAAAGAAGAGGCAUUGAGAUGGUUGUGUGCUCGUGGUGAGUGUUAUCUGGAACUUUCAGAGUGGAAGAAAGCCCUGGAGGAUGGUAAAAAUGCUCUCGAUGCAGCCAGGAGAUCUGAAGAUGGCACAGAGGCUGAUGAGGGUACCAACCAGAGAGUGGUUGGGGCCUGUGUUUUGUGUGGGAUGGCAUGUUCACAGUUAGAAAUGUUUUUGGAAGCUCUGGACUAUUUUAAGGAUGGGCUUAAAAAAGACCCAAAAAAUAAACAAAUAUCAGGAGAGCUGAAGAAACUACAGAACAUUAUCAUGAAGGAGCAGAAAGAACAUGCAGAAUCUCAAGACUGCACCUAUUCAGCUGUGUCUCUCUGUUCUCAAAGUAUUUACCCCGGAGAUGAACAGCUGAUUAACAUGGAGAAAGAAAUUUUGGCAGUGAAAUAUAAAAUUUUGGAUGAUGAAUUUUAUAAAGGAAACAAUAAUCAUAUUACGAAAGAUGCCCAGCUGGAGACGCAGCUAGUGCAGGCUGCCUAUGAAUGUCUGACCAUGGAAAACUUGAAUGAUUCUCUUAUACUGAUCUCCAAGGCUGUGGCCAUGGAUCCAAGCAAUGUCUUCUAUCGAACAUUCAGAGCCCAGGUGUAUUUCAACCUGAAGCAAUGGCAUAAGGUGAUACAGGAUUACUGGAUUAUCCCUAAGUCAAUGAGAAAACCAGAUGUAUGGAAACAAGGAGGUAAAGCUUUAAUGGAGCUCUGGCUACCAGUGCUGGCUGAGUUUUGGUUCCGCAAGGCGACCCAGUUGACAGGUGGGAAAGAUGAAGAGGCUGCCAUUUUGUUUCAGAAGGUUAGGGUCAAGCGUCUGUAUGACCCCUUGACCGAAGAUCAGCCAGUUAGAGUGGACUUUACUCAGUUUGGUCGAGCUGUCUUUGCAAAACGUGAUAUAGCUAAAGGUCAGACUGUGAUGACUGACAUUCCAAUGGUAAUGGCCCAGUCUCUAGGCUCCAGGCACAUUCCAGCCUGCUGUAACUGUGCUGUGUCCCUUAUAACACCUAAAGAUUACUUUGGAAAUAAGCUGCUAUCGAUGGGGAAAGACCAACUGGAUCUCAUAGAAGAGUUCUGGCCCAGUGUAGCAUUUGAAGAUUGCCCACACUGCCAUAGAGAAAAGUACUGCAGCAAGCUGUGUAGAAUAGAGGCAUGGGACAACUACCAUCGUAUUAUUUGUCCAAGCUUAAACCCAGCAGCUAGCCAGAUCUAUGACAUAUGUGAAAACAAGGGAUAUGGUUACACAUCUGAUGGGCAGUGGACAGAAGUAUGGGGUGGUCAUUAUAGCCCAAUGAUUUUGAUAAAAAUCUGGUCAAUAAUUUUAUCACAAGUAAGAGAUUUGAUGGAGAAGGAGUCAGUCUCUGCACCAACAGUUGAACACUGGGCUAAGGCUAGGGCACCUUUCAGAAGAUUUAUUGCCUAUGGCACAAUCCCAGCCAUCAAACGUAUGCCACACAUGCUCCCCAUAUUUCAAUCCGUUUUUGCUGACUGUGGCAGUGGCCUCAAGUAUAACAUUAACGAAGAAGAAUUUAAUGGCCGAUACUACCAGGCAGCCUGCAACCUUCAGUGUUUUUCCCCAUCAAUCACUCCAUACCAUAGGUUCCUGGAUAACAUAAAAGAGGAUAUUCGUGCUGUUGGGAUGCUCAAGUACCUAUCAGACAGACCCCCUGAAGCCCAGUUUGCUGCCAUGUGCCCCCUUCAUGCCUGCAGCAACCACUCCUGCUUUAACAAUGCUGAAGUAUGUGACCUUGACAUUGAUGGCAGGCCUGGAAUCCAGAUGAUUGCACGCAGAGAUAUCAAGGAAGGCGAGGAAGUGUUUAUCACCUACAUCGAUACUGCCAUGCCUAAACUGCUGCGUAAGGCCUGGCUCUACAAAUCCUUUAAUUUCUGGUGCUCGUGUCAACGCUGCCAGUUUGAAGGCGAGCAGCCAAACGAAUGUACCAACUGCCACAAGAAAGCACCGGAGGGCAAAAACUUCUCUGCCUGCGGCAAGUGUAAGAAGGCCUGGUAUUGCGGAGUAGCUUGUCAAAAAGAUGCAUGGAAAAAGGGGCACAAAGUAGUCUGCCUGACAGAUCACUCACAGACCAAAUUCCCAGUGUGAUUUCCUUUCCUCUAAGAACAGUCCUGCAACCGCUGUGUGCUGUGUUUAGUUGAUUGCUUGCCAGAUCCUGUAGUUUACCCUAGCGACCCUUUGAUUGUCAUUUGUUCUCAAUUUUAAAACAACCUAUCCAUCCUUCCCUGUUAUGCUCCUUCCCUUUUACAUUAAGUUAUCUGCCCUUUUUACAACUUGCAUUGUAUUCAACCUUAAAUACCGGUAUCACAAAAGGGCUAAUAUGUACAAUACAGAAUAGUACAUUCCCUAAGCAUCCAUUAACCUCUUUUAAAAAUUGCAUUAAAAAAAGGUUUUUGUUUAAUAGGUUGUUAAAUUAUUAUGCACUAUAAACAAUUUAUUUUGAACCAUAUUAUAUUUUAAUUUUUUGAAAACCCUAUAGUUAUAAUAAGUUAGUUCAUUUGAUUAGCACUUUUAAUUCAGGGUACUUUUUUCAACUAGACAUGUUAAAAAAACUUUCUACUUAAAUUUCGUAGUGUACAAACGGAUUUAUCAUUUUCUAACAUUUAACUUUUUUUUGGAGGUUAAUGGAUGAUGGCUAUACACUUGUUUUAACCAGAAAAGUUUUAUUUUUUAAAAAGAUUUUCAUUUGCUCAAAUUUUGAAUUUCAAUUAAAAAAACAACUUUACAUUUAAUUUUAAAAUGAAUUUUAAGGUAAUAUUACUUUUUAUGCAUAAAAUAUCACAUAUUAAAGAUUAAAAAUAAUUAAAAAAUAUUUAUUAAAAUGUAAUUAAUUUUAAAAAGUUAAUAGAAAUCUAAUAAUUAAAAUUCUUAAUUUCUUUAAAUAGAAGAUACCAUUAGAUUCUUUGUUACAUAUCCAUACUAGUUACCAUGUGUUACCAGUAGUUUAAAGCUUACAUUGAAAGUAUGGAAUUAAGCAUACACCCAUCACAUCCAUGAAAAAAAUAAAAGUUGUGUAUAAUAAGAAAACAAUGUUUGCAUAACAAAAUUGAUUUAAUUUUCCACCCUCCAUUCCAUUGUAAAUUACCAGUUUUACCUAAAUAUGUGUACUUACAUACCUUUUUUCUCCAAACCAUUUAUAACACAGUUAACUUUUAAUAUAUAGCCACAAGAGGCUUAAUUUUUUUCUUAGUCUAAUACUAGAAGAUGCAGGUUUUUUUUUUUUUCAUUUUCAGUAUUUGAAAUGUUUAAAUAUUUAAAAUAAUCUAUGUAGAAAAAAGCUAAUAUUUAAAAAAAUGUUCACUGUGAAUUAAACUUCAACAAUAUUAUCUAAUUUUUCGCAUAAACAAUAAUCUAAAUUAUUUAGUGCUGAAGUGCUCUUUCAAAAUGAUUUAUCACAGGUAAGAAAUAAAUAAGUGAAACUUAUUCAAAAGAAUUUGUUGUUGCUUUUAACACUACUCUUUUUAUACACAACAGCUGAAAGAGAUAUUGUAAGUGCUGCAAAGAUGGGGGACUCAUCGCCCUACUGUGGUGCCAUCUACGCUACAUAUCUUUUCAGAGAAGUAAUCAUUUGUACUUCAUAUUCCUUUUUGGGAAUUCAUCUAGCUUAAGAUAAUCUGAUGACUCAACAAAAAUUAAAAAUGCUGAUUAUACACUUCUAAACAACUAGCCAGAUUUCUACUAGCUAAUAAUUUAGGUACAGUAGUUAUGAAUGUCCCUCUUACUAAUUUUUUUUUCACCCUUAUCAUUUUAUGAAUCCUAUUUUUUUUAAUUUUUAUUUUGUAACUAAUGAUUUUUUAAUUCUCUCCCAACUCAUGUAAAAAUUGUAACAAAUUAAUCCUAAUUUAUUUCUAACCGUCUUUUAAAUGUAAUAAACAAACCUGAAUGAUUGAUUAAUUGGCUCUUUAUGAGAAUGUUUUUAUACUAAAUACAAUUAAUAUACUUUUUAUUGUGAAGGUAGUUUAAAUUAUACCACUGGUAUGUCAUGUUUUUUUAGAAACAGCCAUAUUAUUAAUAUCUGGAGGGAAGAGUUCAAUUAGGUAGUCCAAACUGGCGAAAAAGUGCGUUUUAGGGUCAGUUUUUGCGGUUUUCAAAAAAAAAAUUUCACUACUUCUAGUUGUCCUAUAAGAAUAAAAAUUAUAUGUCAAUAAAGUUUAAGUCUUUAUCUGUCGUAAUCUGGUAUUUUUAUAUCUGUAACACAUGUCUGAAUGUGUUUUAUAUUUGUUUGAAAAGUAUCAGUUACGUCAACAAAUUUCACCGUUUUGCGUGUACCGAUCGACCCCACACUGUUUUAUUUGGUCGCGGCUUCGCGACGAAGCAUCGUAGAAGCAUAAUCUUAAUGUCAUUUUAAAGAUCGAAUUCUAGGCUGUCAUUUGAUGUAUAAAUUGAAAAAAUAACUUGUUUAUUUCAUUUAAAAAAUACAGAUUUUAAACUUUAAAUGACGAUAUAUACACGGAAACAAACUAAUUCUGUUUCAAUUUUUACACCGAUGUAAAGUUCAGUUUUAUAACUACUUUGUGUUGUAAAUUCAAGUAUUUCUGAUUUACGGUCGCGAAGCCGUACCCCCAAUAAACAUAUAACCCUCGAGUCGACUUUCAGCCCCGAGUAAGUUGCUCGCCGAACGGUUUUAAAGGUUGACGACCGAUGAUGCUAAACGGAUUUUACCCUUGCUAGAGCCUUCAAACAAGUUGUAAGUAUCAUUUUUAAAGUUUCAUUUCCAUUUUAAUAAAUGAAUUUUAAGUUUGAAUGUCAGUUUGGUUUAAUUAGUACACGUUAUUAAUGUAAAUUUGAACGCUUCAAGUCCACGGUUUUAGCGUGUGAACUACGCUUGUACACAGGGUGUGUUUAGACGUGAAGCUAUUUAAUUCAGGACAUUCUAGGGACUUAAAAUAUGGAUGCACUUAACUAUUAGAUGCUAGUGUUUACUAAUUCUUUAAAAUCUAUUGACUGGGAUCAAUGAUAGGGUCGUAUUACUACAGUUUAUCUGGACUAUCACGUCAAAAUUAUGAAUCGACAAAUUCAAAAUGGCCACCAGACUAUCUUGGUUACUAUGUGGACGAACUCAAUUAUUUACAGGGAACGAAGGUUAAAUACUUAUAAAAUAUUAAUGAAACACAAAAGAAAUGUAUAAUUAUAAUAACUAUACAUUUUUAUCGAUUUAUUUAAAACAAAAGACACUAAAUUUUAAGGACUAAUGUGAUUAAUUUUUUUAUUUUCUGUUGUGCACUCUGAUUCUGAUUCCCCUGCUGAAUAAUGUGAAAUGGUCUGCGCCAGUCUCCUUAAUAAAAUGUACCAGAUCAAUUUUUAGAUGGUUGUGCAAUUUAUUAAGAUUGUACAUGUUGUGACUUAGUUUUAAAUGUUAUAUUAGUUGUAAGUGUAAGUAGUACUAGUAGUAUUUCUCAUUAUUUAUUUAUUUUAUAAGCAUAUAAUAGUAACAAUGAAGGACAGUUAAGUUGUCCUAUAGGAUGUUGAGAACCACAGUAUGGCAUCUUCAUCAUUGGAUAUCUCAACCAUUGUGGGACAAGCAACGAUUAUUUCAAAUUUCAUUCAGUAGAAUUACUCUUAAAAAUAUAUAUAAAAAAUAUAAAUUACUUUUAACAAAAAGGUGUUUUCAGGCUUUUUCAUAUGUUUCCAGUUAUAGUCAUAGGACAAAUAGUAGGCCUACACAAUAGGCUAGUAGUAAAUUUAAUUAUAUUUUAUUAAUCACUGAAUCAAUUGUUCGUUCCAUAGCUGGAGACAUUUACGGUGGCCUAUCCAGAACUUUCCUUACAAGGGAAGGGAAGAAGGCCAAGACCCCACUCCCCCCUACAAUUCCCAAAACAUAUUACUUACUCUUGAUGCUCCACAAGAUCAAGGUUGAGGGAAACAAGACGUACAAAGAUGUUCCCCCAAAACUGUUCCCCCAAAGCAGUUAUCAGGUUUGAAAAGAAACCAAAGCAUGUGGCAUCAACUGCUGCAUCACUUGUAGGCAUCACGUCUUUAUUAAACUACAUUACAUUACAUUUACUCUACUAAAUUUUGAUUCUGUUUCUCCUGCACUAGAUAACUGUGGUAUUUUUUAAAAUAAUAUUUUAACUCAUGUGAUUUUUGAAAAUAAUUAACACAUUUUUCCACGUCGAUGUUACCAACACAAUAAUUUUAGAGUUAUUCCAAAGCAAAAAAAAAAAAAAUUGAAUUUUUUUUUUUUAUGAAAAUAAAAGUGACCAAAACGCAUUUUUGUCAUUUUCAAUUAUUUUUUUACCUUAGAAAGACUCAUUUUAGAUGACUGAAAAAAAUUGGGCAUAUAUAUUACAAACUUUGCAGCAACUUUACCAAUUUCCACACUUCUAUGUUAUUUAGUUUAAAAAAUAUGGGUUCUCAAAAAUGGCACUUUUUGAAAAUCAGUUUUUUACCAAAUUUUGCUUUUUUAAAAAUCGCAUAACUUUUUUAUUUAUUGAGAUAUUUUUAUAAAAUUUGUGGCAUAGACCUUACAAUUAAAAGUUCUUUCAUGACAUACUCACUCCAGAAGUCUGCAAUCAAUAGUUAAUUUCAGUUUGGACUACCUAGUUCAAUACAGUAGGCAGUUAAAAGGUAUUAUAAAGUAAAAUGUUCGAUACGAAUAGUUUCAAUCCAUUGCUCCUCAAGAGCAAAGUGAAAAAUGUAAAAUAAAUUUUUUAUUUACUUGAAAACAAUCUUUAUUGUACUUAAUCCAACUCUAUGUACCAGAUGAGGGUAUUUUUAAUAGUUGAUCAUGAUGAGAUGCUAGUUUUUUACACAACUUGGGAUAUUUUCUCUUGCACAGAAUUGAAUUAGGUUAGAUUGAGUGUUCUGGGCUAGUAAAAUUUGUUUUUUUUGGAUAGACCUAUGCAAGUUAAGUUUUUAACAUACUUUUGGAUAUUAAAAAAGUCUGUUUAGUUUUUUUCUCAUUAUCAAAUUUUUGCAAAUCCAUGCAGUGAAACAAUAAAGAACACCCUAGUUAGCUCUACAGUUUAUAAAUAUUUUAGAAUAUUAAAAGCAGUUUUUAAAAAAAAAAAUGUUUAUUGAUAAAUCUUUAAAAUAACCAAUGUUAUUUUGCUGUGUCUCAGCUGGGGUUUAGCUGGAAAACUAACAUGUCAUGUUUUGAUUUGUGUGGUUAGCUCUGAUUUCUAUAGAGAAACAAACUCAACUUUUCUGAGAAUAAAAGUUUUCACAUUUUAAAUUACUCUAAAUGGUGUUAACAGUAUUAAUCAUUAGUUGUAGGUAAACAUAAGAAAAAGUUCUCUAUAACCCUAUUCGUAAGUUUUUUUUUGGAAUGUUUUCUAGAUGGAAAUAAUAAAGAAUAGCCAAUGAGUAAUGCUAAGUUUUAAUAAAUUGUUUACAGUUUCCAUUCCCAAUCCUACGAGGGGAAGUCAUGAAUGUGU